AUGGAAUCUCAGCGAGAAGCAGGCUGCUGCUCGAGCGAGGAUGAACGAAAAGAGGCUUUGAACGACCUGAUCGGAUUAUUCGACCUCUCCACCGACAAGCUCAAAGCCAUCGCAAGCUAUCUGCGCCAAGAAAUGGAUCGCGGUCUAAAGCAAGACAAAACAAACGUACCAAUGCUUCCAUCUUGGAUCACACGGCACCCCACCGGCCAGGAAGUGGGCGAAUACAUUGGGCUUGAAUUGAGAUCCUCUGUGAGAAUUUAUCUUGUAACACUACACGGCAAAGGACGAAUUACGACACGCCAACAAAAGUAUCCUGUUCACCAGCACCUUAAAAAGGGCUCCAUCAACGCACUGAUCGACUAUCUUGCCGUCUCCGUCGACUCCUUCUUGUCAUUUGUCGCAUCAAUUAUACAAUGGACCAAGGAUUUCCAGGUGACCAAUGCCGAUGAUAAGAACAUUGUCGACCUGUUGCAAACAGGAUUGCGUCGUCGCCACAUUCCAGUGAUCGUAGAAGCGACAUGCAACAGUGCAGUUGGUUGUCUUUUGGCGCAUAGCUACCGUAGCUUGGAUACGCUACUCGCAUGCACCGUCAGCACCGGCACCAAUGCAGCCUAUUGGGAAAAGAUGGCACGUGUCCAAAAAUGCUUGGAUCCAAGCAAACCACUUCCAAGCGACAGCGGCGACGACGUACCAGAGAUGAUCAUCAACACCGAAUGGGGCUCCUUUGGAGACUUGAAUCCAGAAUAUCUACCGCGCACCAUGUACGAUAAUUGUGUGAACCGAGAAUCUGUCAAUCCAGGUGUUCAUAUCUUUGAGAAAUUGGUGUCCGGCUUGUAUCUCGGCGAAAUUGCGCGCAACAUCCUUCUAGAUUUCGCAGACCGGCGGGUCUUGUUCGACGGCCAAUACAGCGACGAUCUUAACAAGCCUUACAGCUUUGAAGCUUCUUAUAUGAGCGCCAUCGAAUCCGACGAUACUCCCGAACUGGACGAUACCAAACACAUCAUGGAAUCCAUUAUGGAUGUUCCCUCUACGACUUUGGAUGAUCGGCGCGUGAUAAAACAGAUCUGUGAACUUGUCGGUCAACGCGCUGCACGUUUGGUUGCUGCCGCUAUCAGUGCUGUGAUUCAGAAACGAGAUGCCCUUGAUUGUGGCUUGACCAUCAGCGUCGAAGGUACGAUUUAUGAGCACUAUCCCAACUUUCCUAAUCGUGUUAGCGAGGCUUUACGAGAUUUUUACGGGCCCAACGUCGACCGUAUCAAUAUCGGCAUUACUCGAGAUGGAAACGGUAUAGGUGGUGCACUUGCAGCAAUGUUGGCUAGGAUUAAGCGUCAAGAAAAAUACAAGUAAUAACUACAUCGUGUACUUAAUCAUAGCUUAUAUUCAACAAAAUAUAUUUUUGUGUAAUCCUCUAUCAUGGUUCUGCGCACUAUCUAUUGUCAUAAUUAACACUUGCUGGGUUACAGGGCGCCAACAUCGAUCAUGUUUAUCUCGUUUGCACACUAUCAACGCGACAAUUAUCUCAAUGAGCAUAUCAUUAAAAUAUACAAUUGAUUAUCAGUACUUUGGGUGCUAUUAUGGAUUGAGACAUUAAUUCAGACCUAUAUUGCAAGAUAAAUAAACAGCAUAUGAGUGCAUUCAUGAAGAUAGACAUCAUUACUUUGGCCUAUUGCAGUUGUUAGUUCAAACGGG